AUGUCGGCGCGCCUGAGUGCUGCGGACCUCCGCCGAGAGCGCGCUCCCGCGUCUGGGCCCCUUCCUCCUCCGGCCUUCAGCCGCAGCUCUCGGUCCAGGGCCUGGGGGGCGGGGCGUGCGGUGGGGGGCGGUUCCCCGGGCCGGGCCCCGGGGUGGUCGGGAGGCCCUGGCCGGCCACAACGCAACGGCCCCUCUCUUCUUCCCGCCCAGGCGUCCUUCGAAGUGUCGGCGGAGGCCCGGAGCUGCCCGGGCAGGCCCGCGGAGCACACGUUCACGCUGCGGCCCGUGGGCUUCCGGGACAGCCUGGAGGUGGGGGUCACCUACAGCUGCCAGUGCAGCUGCAGCGCGGGGCUGGAGCCCGACAGCGCCAGGUGCAGCGGGAACGGGACUUACGUGUGCGGCCUGUGCGAGUGCAAUCCCGGCCACCUGGGCACCAGGUGUGAGUGCCAGGAAGGGGAGAGUCAGAGCGGGUACCAGAACCUGUGCCGGGAAGCCGAGGGCAAGCCCCUGUGCAGCGGGCGCGGGGAGUGCAGCUGCAACCAGUGCUCCUGCUUCGAGAGCGAGUUCGGGAAGAUCUACGGCGCUUUCUGCCAGUGUGACAACUUCUCCUGUGCCAGGAACAAAGGAGUCCUCUGCUCAGGCCAUGGCGAGUGCCACUGUGGAGAAUGCAAGUGCCACGCAGGUUACAUUGGGGACAACUGUAACUGCUCUACAGACCUCAGCACAUGCCUGGCCAAAGACGGCCAGAUCUGCAGCGACCGCGGGCACUGCGUGUGUGGACAGUGCCGGUGCACGGAGCCGGGAGCCUUUGGAGAGACGUGUGAGAGGUGCCCGACCUGCCCAGACGCUUGCAGCACCAAGAGAGACUGCGUUGAGUGCUUGCUGCUUCACUCAGGGGGCCCGGUGGAGAACCAGACCUGCCACAGCCUGUGCAAGGAUGAGGUGGUCACGUGGGUGGACACCAUCGGUGAGUGUGCCCCAGCGGCCCUGGCAGCCAGCCCCUUCUGUAUCUUGGCAGACACCUCAAGGCUUCCUCCCCGGGGGGACGAUUCAUCGGCAGGGCCGCCUGGCGGGGAGCAGGGCAGUUCUAGCCUUGCGUUAGGAACCACAGUGUCAGGGUCCUGGGGACUACGGGGGGCUCCCCAAGAGGACUUGGAGUACCUGUGCUAGGGCAUAAGUUCCAGG